AAAUAAUUAUUUUAGAUUUAAUUGACUCCAAUUUUUUUUAAUGAUAAAACAGGUACAGUUUGGUAUAGCUACAAAGAAUUUAUUCCUUAUCAUGCUAGUUUGUAAAGAUUUACAAUAUGACAGCACAACUUUCUUCAAAACCCAGUGAUGAGGAACUACUUAGAUUAUCUCCACAAGAACUCGUUCGACAUCUUAGGAGGUUUGAAGCAGAAAAUCUCAAAUUGAUGAUGGAUCAUGGAGCACUCAUGAAAGAAAUAAAUCGAAGAAUGCAGGUUCAUUUAUUUGAAAUCCGUGGCUUGAAGGAAGUAAAUCAACAGUUACAAGAUGAUAAUCAAGAUCUUCGUGAUCUCUGUUGCUUUCUUGAUGAUGAUCGCCAAAAAGGUCGGAAACUUGCACGUGAAUGGCAAAGAUUUGGUCGUUACACUGCAAGUGUUAUGCGCCAAGAGGUCUCUGCAUAUCAAACUAAAUUGCAAGAAUUGGAAAAUAAACAACAAGAUUUAAUAAGAGAUAAUCUAGAAUUGAAAGAACUUUGCUUAUAUUUGGAUGAAGAACGUUCUAGAGGUAUAUGUGGUCAGUGUGGAGGACCUCUGAAUGGUCGAAGGGAUGAUGGUGAUGGCAGUAGCAGUUCUACUAACAAUGAAGAACUUGGAGUAGUAGCACCAUUUGAUUCAUCAUUUACAAAUUCAUCACAUCGAACAUUUAUGGUUGAUGAAGCUAUUCAAAGGCAUCGCUCUGUUAUUAAUGCUAUAAAUUCCAAAAUAAUUUUCACCUAUUCAAGACUCAAAUGCCACCAGUUACAGAACCUUAGAUUUAGAAAAUUAAUAAAAGUUGUUUUAAUAACUCAUUAUUUAUAUUUAAUUUCUCAGAAAAUGAAUGAAGAGAAAACAGAAACAAAAGAUUCUCAAGGAAACGUUAAUGGAUUUGUUCAUUGGAAUAUGUCUAAUAGACAACCUUCCAAUUCAUCAGUGGGAGAAAAUGACACAGUUGGAAUUAGCAAACCAGAGGCAGUUGUGCAUGCAAUGAAAGUAUUAGAAUUACAUGAACAUCUGGAUCAUACUAAUACUAGUGAUAUUGAUUCAGAAGAAUUGGCAGAAGGCGAAAAGGCAUUAGUUCGAGAAAUGUGCAACGUGGUUUGGAGGAAAUUAGAAGAUGGUCCUUCUUAGAAUUCUUAAGAAUUGCUUGAAACAUGGUUUGUUAUGUGGGCAUUUUGUAUUGUACUAAUAAUGGUUUGGCUUUAUACAAAAAUAACUGUUAAAAAAUUCAUUUGUAAAUUAGAUUUCAUGUUUCUUGUUUUGUUUUAAUUGUUUAAACUCUAAGUGGAAAUAAGGUUAAAAUUUUUUUAU